AUGACGUCGAACCCAUCACAAGCAAUCUUCGAACAUUUUUCCAGGGUGUCAUCCAUCCUAUCCAAGUACGAUCUCGAUUUAAACACAAGGCGAACGAUUCUGGACACUGUCGACGUCCUUGCAGCGGAGCCUCCGCGAGUCACAUAUCAAGAAGUCCAGUGCCCAGGAACAUGCAAGCCUGCCAUCUGGUGUGAGCCUCUCGAUGCACCUGCUUCGCAUGUAAUUCUCUAUGUCCAUGGAGGGGGUGGCUUUACAGGGUCUCCAAGUGCAUACCGAAAGCUUGCUGCGCACAUUGCAUUGGCUUCAGGAGUCCGAACCCUGGUGUUGGACUAUCGUCUUGCUCCUGAGCAUCCAUUUCCGGCCGGGUUGGACGAUGUUGUGACUGCAUACCAAUGGCUUUCGAGGCAAAAGAAGAUACCUUCAGAAAAUAUUGCCCUUGUUGGAGACUCGGCAGGUGCCGGCAUUGCGCUUUGCUCUAUAAUCCGUUUGAAACAGCUCAAGGCCGAUCUUCCUGCGGCUGUCGCGGCAGUAUGUCCGUGGGUAGACAUGGAAUUGACGGGGGAAACAUACGACUCCAACGCCGACAAGGAUGCUAUUGGGAGUCGUGCUGGACUUGAAGCGAUGGCGGCGAUGCUCUUGAACGGAGCAUCUCCGAAGUCGCCGCUGGUGAAUGCUUUGUACGCUGACUUUUCCGGCUAUGUCUCUCUAUACAUUGUAGGCGCCGGCGAUGAGGUGUUUCUAGAUGAUGCCAGAAGAUUAGCUGUACUGGCAAAGGAGAAAGACGUCGAUGUUCAUUUAGAGAUUGCCACAGGUAUGCAACACGACUUUGUAUUCAUGGCAGGACGGGCUCCCGAAGCGGACGCUACGAUCCAGCGACUGGGAGAUUGGAUGAAGCUAAAGCUCCGGUUGAAAUGA